CAAAAGGCGCAGACGCACUCCGAUUGGCCGGAGCGCACUUUACAAUCUCAUCUUGUUUCCAAGCUCCUCACACGCAGGCCAAACUCUCGCAGGAGCCAGACGCAUCAGAGGAGUGCCACGGGCUAUAGCGAGGACAGAGCGCCUGUGGACUUCAUCUACCUCAACACGUUUUACGCACGUCGAUCAGCAGAAUUAAGCCUUUUCGACAUUUGUUUCUUGUUAUUAUUCUGAAUUUCUUCAUGAAGUGAAUCUUUUAGUUCGCCUGUCUGACCCACACUGAGUUGCAUGCGUUUUAUUGUUGAAAAAGAAAACAUGAGGUCUACUUCUGAGUUAUUCUGGAGGAUGAUCCGACUGACUGUGACAGUGGCGCUCAUGUCAGCAUGCAGAGCGUCAGAGUACGAGAUUCUGAGCUGGGAGUCAAACUACAACGGUGGACCCAACUAUGGCAAGCCUCCCCAGUGCGUGGACAUCCCGGACGACCUACGGCUCUGUCACAACGUGGGGUACGACAAAAUGUUGCUGCCCAAUCUGCUGGAGCACGAGACUAUGGCCGAGGUGAAGCAGCAGGCCAGUAGUUGGGUGCCCCUGGUGCACAAGAACUGCAACCCGGACACGCAGGUCUUCCUAUGCGCGCUCUUUGCGCCUGUGUGCCUAGAACGACCCAUCUACCCUUGCCGCUGGCUGUGCGAGGCCGUGCGGGGCGGCUGCUCCCCCAUCAUGGAGGCGUUCGGCUUCCCCUGGCCGGACAUGCUCACCUGUGAUAAGUUUCCCCAGGACGAUGUGUGCAUUGCUAUGACCAAACCCAACGCGACCGAGGCCACCACACAGACAGGGUACUCUACCAUCUGCCCUGCAUGUGACAAUGAAAUGAAAACAGACACUAUGCUGGAGCACAUGUGUGCCAGCGAGUUCGCUUUCAAGACCAAGAUCAAGGAGGUGACGCAAGAAAACACAGACCACAAGGUGGUCCUGCAGAAAAGGAAGAAGAUGAUCAAAGCGGGAAACCUGAAGAAGAAGGACAUGAAGAAGAUGGUGUUGUACUUGAAGAAUGGUGCAGGCUGCACCUGUCAGCAGCUAGAAAACCUGGGAAACCAUUAUCUAAUCCUGGGCCGCAAGGUGGAUAAGAAGUACCUCCUCACGGGCAUUCACAAGUGGGACAAGUCCAGCACAGAGUUCAAAACGGCCAUCAGGAAACUCAAGACCCAUAAAUGUCCUGCCUACGAGAAUGUCUUCAAAUAAUAUGGCCUUGACUGCAUUUUUGGUUGCAUCUCUUACUACAUACUAAUUUACACGUGUUAAAAUUCCAAACGUUGCUUUCUAUUGUCCUGUUUAUAUAUCUAUAUACCUUUGUAUAUAUACAGACAUCCUUUGAAAUGUCUAUUAUUAAUUUUAGCUGAAUGUUUUGAGUGCUGAAACAACAAAUAAUAAAAGGGUUCAAUAGUGAAAAGCCCUUCCUCACUGAACUCAUUUUUGCUGUAUGUUUGUAGAUACUUUGUUGCAUUCUUUUAUCCAGGUCAGUGAAUUUCCCUUAAAGGACAUUAUUGGCUUUAUUGCUCAAGGGUUAAAUGAGAAGACUGAUACCACUCUCAUGUCUGUGAAUAUGACACUAGAGCUAGCAAAUGGUUAGCUUAUGUUAGCAUGAAUACCAGAGGAAGGGGCAGCAGCACAUCUGUGUUCAAAGUGACAAACCAUAAAAGGUUUGUUUUUACACUUUGUUUUUGUACAUAUUAAAAGAAUGAAAUAUACAAUUUUUGUGAGCUUUAGAUGUGCCAGUAGACCUUUUUUUGUAACAGAGCUACGGUAGCUUCUUUAUGCUAACAUAAGAUAAUAAUCCGCCAACACUGCUGACACUCGAGUUUAGCAUUACAAAUACAGGUAUGAGAGCACUAUUGGUCUUCUUGCCAUGAAAAAUGUUCAACUAUCCCUUUAAAUCUCUCUCAUUAUGAUCAUGUAAUACCAAAUCAUAGAAUCAGUGAUCAAGUUGCAGAAUUGAUUAUUUUGAACUUUAAAAGCCACACUGUACGGAGCAGCUCCAGGUAGGGUACCUGUUGAAUAAGUUAUUGAUAGAAGUGCAAGUGAGUUUUUCUAUCUAACAGAAGACUGCAAUACCAACAGCUAUGAUCAUUUCCAUUUUAUUUGUUCACUUAAUAAGUUUAGUUUUGUUACUUGAAAAAUCAUAAGAAGAUCAUACCCACUGAUCUGCAUGACAAGCUCAUGCUUGUCAUUUCUGUGUGGACCUAAAUAUUUUUUCACAUUUCUUUCUCUUUGCAUCCAGUCUCAUGGCAGUAAUCAGUAUUCGUUGGUUAUGGAAAACACCUUGUAUUCAUACAUGUUUAAAAGUGCAAAAGGUAUCAAAGUGCAAAUAUUGGCAACUCUGUGUCAAUUAGUUUUGCUUCAGUGUCGCUGGUCUAUUUCCGCACUGUUUCAUAUUUGAAUGUGAGCAUUGCAUUGUUGCCAGUCACAUGUACAUACAAAUUUUACAUAA